GGUCUUUGUAGUGUAUGCCAGACCUGUCACUGAGCCUAAGGAAGAGGAUAGUUCCAUGGAUCCAGCCAUUGCCAAGCUGCUGGAAGAGUUUAAAGAUUUGACAAAGCCGCCGACAGGAGUAGUGCCGCGGCCGAUCCAGCCCAGAAUAGAGAUAGAGCCUGGCAGUAAGACUCCUAAGGGAGCAGUCUACAGGAUGUCCCCUAGAGAGUUAGAGGAGUUGCGCAAGCAGUUAGACGAGCUCCUUGAGAAAGGUUGGAUUAGGCCCAGUUCGUCUACUUUUGGAGCACCAGUUUUGUUUGUCCCCAAGAAGGAAGAAGAGCUACGUAUGUGUAUAGACUAUAGGGGUCUGAAUGCUAUCACGGUUAAGAAUGUUCAACCGCUGCCCAGGAUAGACAAUCUCUUAGAUCGGGUGCAGGGUUGCAAGUAUUUUUCAAAGAUAGACUUAAAGUCCGGGUAUCAUCAAAUAGAGGUCCAUCCUGAUGACCAAUACAAGACUGCUUUCCGGACUAGAUAUGAGCAUUAUGAGUUCAUGGUGAUGCCCUUUGGACUGACCAAUGCGCCAGCUACAUUUCAUCCACGUAUGAAUGAUCUGUUUAGGCCUUGGUUAGAUAGAUUCGGUGUAGUUUACUUAGACGAUAUUUUAGUGUUCGGUAGGACCCUCCAAAAGCACCAGGGUCAUUUGAGGCAGGUCUUGGAGAAGCUAAGAGAUGCUAACCUCAAGAUUAACGCAAAGAAGUGCGAGUGGGCCAAGACACAAGUUUUGUACUUGGGCCACGUGUUAGACGGAGAUGGCAUUAAGCCUGAGGACAGCAAGAUAGCCAACUACUAUAGGAAGUUCGUGAGGAACUUCUCGACUAUCGCCGCUCCCCUUCGCAGGUUGCUUAAGAAAGAGGCAAUCUGUCAAUGGGAUAAGGACUGUACGUCUGCGCUAAAGAAAUUAAAGCGCGCAUUGAUAGAGUAUCCUGUUCUCAAGGUAGCAGAUCCGUCUUUGCCAUUUGUCAUCACCACGGACGCGAGUCAAUAUGGGAUAGGCACUGUGUUACAACAGGACGACAAUGGCUACAGACCCGUAGAGUUCAUGUCCGCGAGGAUGCCCUCAGAGAAGGUUGCUACCUCGACGUAUGAGAGGGAACUCUACGCUCUCAAGCAGGCCUUAGAGCACUGGAAGCAUUACCUGCUUGGGAGGAACUUCAAGGUGUAUUCAGACCAUGAGACGCUUAGAUGGUUGAAGACACAGGCCAAAAUGACACCUAAGUUGACUAGGUGGGCCCCUAAGAUAGACCAGUACGACUUUGAGCUCAAGCCACUUAAGGGCAAGUAUAAUGUAGUUGCGGAUGCUCUGAGUAGGAGAUCGGACUACUUCGGAGCUAUAGUUUACUAUCUGGACAUAGGGAGUGACCUGUAGGAGAAAGUUAGACAGGCGUAUGUGCAGGACCCUAUCUAUAGCAACCUCAUCAAGAGAGUCAAGGACGCCCCAGAGACCGAGCCAGAUUACCGCACUACAGAGACCAAUGUAGUAGACCGUUUGUGCAUUCCUAACAUUGAGGAGAUCCGUAGUCUGAUCCUAGGGGAAUGCCACGACACAGAGGGACACUUCGGUUGGCAAAAGACUCUAGCCAAUCUAAUGCACGUGUAUACAUGGCCAGAAAUGAAGAACGACUGCAUAGAGUAUGUCCGCAGUUGUAAAGUCUGUCCGAGAAACAAAAGCACUACGCGUGC